AUGCCUCAAAAUACCAUUCUAGCAUCAAAAGAACGAGGGCAGACGCUCAAGAAGCACGCACAGGCGUUGAAACAGCAGUCCCAGGCGUUGUUGAAAGACUGUUGGCUUCUGAAAGAGGCGUCAAGGUGGAGAGCUGAAACACUUGCAGACGCUACUGCUGCCACUCCUGAAAGAAUCCGGGCUUCAAGAAAAGCGGCCACUGCUGCUGUCAGCUUGUCGCUCUUAGCAACCACUGCCGCCGCAGCUGCUGCUGCGGCGGCGGCUGCUGCUGCUCGCGGGGGGUUGGUGGUGGGUUCUGUUGGCGGCAGUGCUGCCUUUGCUCGUCAGAUUGCUAGGAGGCGAUACGCUGCUGGUGGUGCUGCUGCUGUGGUGGUGGUGGGAGGUGAAGGAGAUGCCACUGCGGAUGUUGCUGCUGGUGGUGUUUUGUGCGGUGAUGGUUGUAUCGGUAGUGGUUGUAAUGGGGUAGAGAGCCCAGCUGCUGGGGAAAGGGAUGGGGAUUAUAGCGAGGGGAGGCUUGGUGCCAAGGCGGGUGGUAUGACUAAUGGCAGAGGUGCUACAGUGGAGGACCCACCAGAUCCUACUGGACACUUCCAAGAGGCAAAGAGACUAAGGAUGGAAGAGGAGGAGGAGAGGGGAAACAGAAAACCGCAAGGGGUGGAGGAGGAGGGGGGAGAGAAGAAACAAUCGGGGUUGCAGCAGCUGCAGCAGUGGUGGUUGUCGAUACUAGCAGCAUGCACCACUGCUCUCAAGGAAUCGGUAGGGAAGCAGCUAGCAGGAGGGGUGAUGACCCAUGCUGCCCGCUGGUUGGCUGGUGGAAUCACUGAGCUGGAGGAGACUGCUGAGCAGCGGUGGUGGAGGGAGAAGAGUGGGAAGAGAAGGCAAACAGGAGGAGAGAACUGGAUGGCUGGUAGCAGUGGCAGCAGUCGUGAUUCUGAUAAGGAAAGAAUGAGCCGGCAUAGAGCAUGGGAGGGAGGCAAGGAGAGUGUUAGAGUGGGAGUGUGGGACGAGGCAGUAGCGCGGGGCAUAUCGGAGGAGACAGUGAGGGACGCGUUGGAAGGGCUGCAGCCGCUGCCUGCUGUGGUGACUAGAGUGACUGGUGCAGCGGAGGUGGUGCUCACCGCACGGCAGUAUGUAGACAGGGCUCUGGAAGGGCUGCAGCCGCUGCUUGCUGUGGUGGCUAAUGUGACUGGUGCAGCAGAGGUGGUGCUCACUGCACGACAGUUUGUGGAUAGGAUGGUGAGUGAAUCUCGGGUGCUGGAGGGCAGGCAGGUGAUGGAAGCUCACAGGAAGCUUCUUGCGGAGAUCGAGGAGAUAUACG